AUGGAACUUAUGCAGAGCGGCUGGAUCCCCGAAGCAGGCUUGAUCAAGUUUCGCACUGUGGCGUUUGACAUUUGUGUUUGGCGUUUGGCGGCUGGCGUUCUGGCGUGGACCCUCGUCAGCUGGCGUUCUGGUUUUGUGCUCUUUUGCUCUUUGGGCUUCGAGCUUUGGGCUUUGGGCUGUCAAGUUGUCGCUGCAUACGGAACACUGGCGACGGGAUGGCUGACAGGGUCGGAGGGCCCGGAUGGAUGCCGUAGUACGCGUACGCGUUGGCAGUGGCUUUGGCGGAACUCUUUCAGCUACCCCGAAAACCCCACGGGUGGUCCGGAAAUCUCAUCCGGUUCUUGGAAAUUCUGA